CACAGACGAAUACUAGUGACACUUCUGAGAUUGGCCACAGGGAGUGGGGCACACGCCCGUGAGGAGUGAGGACUUGCUGUCUGUGGGGAGGACAUCUGGACGUGCUAGUAUUUCCAGGCAACAGGGGCCACCGCUGGGCGAGGCGGCCAUAGGGGCUGCGCCUGGGGAAGGGCCAGCAGCUGCAGGUGUAUGAGAAUAUGACCCGGGGCAGGGGGCCACGGCGGCAUGUGGGAGCACAUCUGGAGGUGGGACACCUUUGCAGGGGUGUGGCACAGCUUACAGCCACGCGGAGACACGGGAGGGGAGAGUUCCAUGCGAAUGGGGGCACUGCCACAUGUAGGAGCACAUGGGGGGCGGGGUCUUAGCUGGAAGUUGGGAACCUGCUUGAGGAAGUGUCCGCAACCGAGCUUAAGAGUCCUAUUCUGGGCGAGGGACCCCAACUGCACCUCGGGGCCCCAUCUACGCAGGAGGGAACCAGAGCUGGCAUGAGGGGCCAGGAUGACAGGCUCCAGCCGUCCGUGGAUAGUGUAGGAGGUGGGAGGAGGCCAAGGAUGGGGUGGAGGUUAUUUCUAGAAAUGAAUGGGGUUGUAUCCCCCCCGCCAUGCCCCAGCUGCAUAGAGGCACCAGCACGGAAGAGGCAGGUCUAAAGUGGAGGGAGUAGGAUGCCUCCGGUGGGGGUGGGUCUGCGGCCUUAGGCACACGUCCUCCCACCUUUGACUCAGGUGCCCCAGGAUGGAGCGCCCGCGGGGCCUGGUGGUGGGGCAGGAGGAGCAGGAGGAGCAGGAGCUGCUGGAACGGGCCUUCUUCUCCUGGGCUGAGUUCAGCCGCUUCUUCGACGCCUGGUGCCAGCAGCGGCUGGCGCUCUUCUUCAUCCAGAGCUCCAUGCACCUGACCCGCUGCCACUGGGCCAGGCUGCCCCCCCUGUACACACUCAUCGACGUGCUCAAGUACAGCUACGUGCGGCUGGUGUGCAAGGAUGUGCGUGCUCCCAGCCGGCCCGCCAUGGGGCACCACGAGGCGGGCUGCCCGGCCUUCAUCAUCGUCAAGCUGAGCCCCCUGCGGGACCGCCUGGUGGUGACGGAGUGCCGGCUGACCCACUCGCACCCCGCCUGCCCCAUCGAGUUCGCCUACUACUUCCGCCCCGGCCGCCUGCUGGCCAACACCUGCCUGCCGGUGCGCACCACCAACAAGAUCUCCAAGCAGUUUCUGGUCCUGGCCGACGUGCACCGCCUGCUCUCUUACUGCAAGGACCGCGACCACAGCGUCAUCGACGCCCUGCGCGUGCUCCAGGGGCUCUUCCACAAGGACCCUGAGGCCAAGCCUUCCCAUCACAGAGAUGCCCUCAUCAUCACCAUUUCAGGAGGUCAGGGCCGUUGCCGGAAGCCACACAGCCCAGAGGUUAGGUCUCCAGCAUCUCAGCCCGGGCAGCAGGCUCCAGAGGCGCUGCCGGAUCUGCCUCUCCGUGCACGAGGGAAUGAAUGUUCGGUUCCCAGAAAGGGAAACUGGGGAAAGGGAGGUGACGGCGGGGGGCCUUGGCUGGAGGGCGAGCGGUGGAGGGGAGCGCAGGUCGAGAAUGAGAGGGCCAAGGGCCGGGAGAACGGAGACUGGGGAGGGGCCCCCCCUGAAGGGAGUCUUUGGAGAGGCGCCCCGUUAGAGGAGUGGGCCAGAGAACUGGAGACCAGAGACCGGCGCGAGGCUCAGUCCGAAAGGGAGAAGGAGCGAGGCGUGCAAGUCCGGUACUGGAGAGGGGUGCAGCUGGAGAACCAGAAGGUGAGGGGACUCGAGGGGAGCGUCUGGAGAAGGUCCCAGCUGGAGAGCGAGCACAAAGGCUGGAGGGGGGCCCAGCUGGAGGGUGAGCAGGACUGGGGGCUGGAAGGGUAUGUCUGGAGGGGGCCCCCCGCGGGGGACCAGGGGCUGCGGAGCUUGGAAGGGUAUGCCUGGAGGAUGGCGCAGUGGGAGGACCGAAGGAUUCGACUUCUGCAGGCCGCGGACGGGAGGAGCCAGUUGGAUUGCGCCAGGGCCAGGGCCCUGGAGGGAGGCAGCGGCAGCCGCAGGGGCGCGCAGGCGCCUGAUGCAAAGGUCUCUGGACUGAAACCCAGAGACCAGAAGGGGCUCCGGGUGGAAGCGGAGAAGGGAGGGAGGGUGGAGGUCAGGCACUGGAGGGGGGCCCAUUUGGAGAAGCCCCCGGAGCCGGUCCCUGAGAGCAGAGACCAAAGGGCGCCCCAUUGGGGACAGGAGAGGAGAGGGCCGGAAGUUAGAGAAGAUAGAGGAGUGAGGUCGGGGGUCAAAAGGAGAAGGGACCUGGAGGACGUGGUUCUGGUCCAGCUAGGGGACACGAGGGCGACGGGCCUGGAGGAUGGAGAGGGAGGGGGGACUCGGUCUGGGGGUCCCCAGAACCGGCGAGGGCAAGGAAGGGAGUGUCUGGACGCAGGAGGGAGGUGUCUAGGGCUGGGGAACGGAGUCGCGGGCGGCACCCCCACGGGCACUGUGUUUGAGGGUGAUCCCGAAUGGCCAGGGGACAGACCCCAGGAAGGAAGUGAAGGAGAAGGCCCCAGGGAACCAAAGAGACCUCGCUGCCCUUCCGGAGAGAAGGAGGUGGACUGGGAGCCGCUGGCCAAGUUCCGAGCGGCCUGCGGGCCGGAGCUGGCGGACCUGGUGGCGGAGGAGCUGUCCUUCGCCAGGCAGCACGGGACCCGGGGUUUCCACGUGGCUGGAGCCGGCUUUGCCCUGAAGGACGGCACCUCCGACUUCUUCCUGGACGGCGCCCUGACGCGCUGCAGCUGCUCCAUCCACGCCGCCCGGCAUCUGCCCUGCCGCCACCUCUUCGCGGCGCGCCUCCUCACGGGCGCGGCCUUAUUCCACGUGGACCUGCUCCGGGAUUGCUGGGGGAGAGCCCCAGAGUCCUGACCCACAGCCCCUGCCCGCCGCCCUCCCUGCGAGGGCCGGGGGGCAUUCUUUUAUCCCAAAGAUAACAAGGCCAGAGGCCAAGGAGGCCACCCCAGCCCCUCUGGCCAGCUCCUGGGUCCCCGGGAACGUGGUCAGUGCUCUCCAAGGGCCUGGAGCCACCGGUGAGGAAGGCGGUGGCCAGGGUGGAUUCUGAGGGAAUCCAGGCAUAGACAGGGCCAGGCCGGGGCAGAAGGAAGAAAGGACAACCGAGGGAGCGGAGGACGCCAGCCUCCGGGGACAGCCUGGCAGGAGCAGACAGGGCAAGUCCACGGAGCGCAGCAGGAGACGGGCAAAGCAAGGAAGAAAGCGGACAGAUGGAGGAGCGGUAAGGGAAGACAAGACAACAAGGAGAUAGAAAUGGGGGAGAGAGCGCAAGAAAGGAGGCGGAAAUGGAGAAGAAACAGGAAGGAGCCGAGGGAGGCAGGAGGAGGGGCCGGGAAGGAGACAAGGUGAAGGAGAGGGGAGAACACAGGGAGACCCAACACAGGAAAGGUGUGGGAGAGAAGACAAGAGCGGGGUGAUCUGAGGUCUGGAGGCUCGGAUCCCUUCACCUUCUGAUUGGUCAUUCCCAGAAGCCGGAACAAGAGGGAGCACGGAGAGUCUUUGUGGGAUGGCCUUGGGGGCCUCCAGUGGGGGAGGGGAGCCAUCGGAGCUAUUGUGCUUCAAGAUUGGAAUAAAGCAGCAUUAUUUUGGUUUCCACGCUGAGUUCUUGACUUCUGGGGGAGGGUCGGGGGCCCGGGCCCGGAGGGAAAUUGAGGUGGUCCGACAUUCCUUCAUUCUUUCAGUGGGCCUGUGGGGGACAGGUGGAGCAAAGGGGCCAAAAUGAAUCCCUCUCCACGGCAGCUUAGGCUUCCUGUACCUCGACCUGCUCCACGUGCUCAGCUCAAUCCCUUCAGGCCGCUCCUCAGUGUCACCUCCUAAGGUCAUCUCCAUCCCUGAACAGUUCAUCUAAGGAGGG